AUGGGUAUUCAAGGACUAUUGCAACUUCUUAAGCCAUUGAUGACUGAAAAACGGAUUGAUGAAUAUUCAGGGCAAAGGAUUGGAGUAGACAGCUAUUGCUGGUAAAUCAAAAUUAGGCUUCAUAAAUCUGUUUUUACAUGCUCAAAAGACUUAGCUGAAGGAAGAUCUACUAAAUUCCCCAUACGUUAGCGAGAAAAUUUUUUUCUCGCUCAAAAGUUUUUUUUAAUUUAUGAAUUUUUUAGAUUUAAAAAAUGAAUUUGCUAAAUUGAAAAUAUAAAAAACUAAUUUAAUUUAUGAAUAGAAUGAAAUUAAUUUAUAGCAAUAUAAUUGGCUAGACAUUUAAUUUUAAUAUCAUUACUUAUAUCAAAAUAUAUUUUUUAAAAAAUAUUUACAAAAUUUUUGCUUUGCCAAAAUAAAGUGAUUGUUUGAAUGCAUUUUUCCUCACUUAAAGAUGGGAAGAAGUAAGCGGUAAAAUUAAAUUAGGCACAUCGAAUAUUGUGUUAGAAGAGCCCUUGAUCUGAAGAAGGCUGGCAUUGAGCCAGUCAUGGUUUUUGAUGGUGCACCUAUGCCAGCAAAAGGAGAAACUAAUGAAGCUCGAAGAAAUGGAAGAAAAGAAGCCCUCGAAAAAGCUAAUGAACUUUUAAAGAUCGGCAACCUAAAAGAAGCUGACAAGCAGUUCGCAAAGUCUAUAAGUGUUACUCCUACAAUGGCAUUUGAAUUAAUCAAAGAGCUUAAAAAAUACGAAAUUGAAUGCAUCGUAGCCCCCUAUGAAGCCGAUGCCCAACUAGCCUAUCUCUUUAAAAUUGGCUAUAUUUCCGCCGCCAUAAGUGAAGACUCUGACCUUUUGGUAUUCGGUUGCCAAAAAGUCUUAUAUAAAUAUGAAACUAAUGGAAUUCUUCAAGAAAUGAACAUGGAGAACUUAUAUAAGCACCCAACCUUUAAUUUCUCCAGGUGGAGCCAUGAACAAUUCAUGAUGAUGUGCAUAUUAGCAGGAUGCGACUACUUAAAAAAUUUCAAAGGUAUUGGGAUAAAAACAGCUCAUAAGAUCAUUUCGAAGACAACUGAUCUUACGAGAAUUAUGUACAAAAUAAAACUAGAGGUAAAUAAUAUUGGAGAAAAUUAUCAAAAAGAAUUUUUGACUGCAAUGUAUUCUUUUCGACAUCAUCAAGUAUUUUGUCCAGUUAAUAAGAGAGUGGUUCAUAUAAAUGAGAUGGACGAACAAGUGGUGAAAAAUGCAGGAAAUUUGGAAUUUUUAGGACAGAAAUUGGAAGAUAAGGCAGCUCAGCUAAUCGCGCAAGGUAAAAUGCACCCGCUUACGAAAGAGCUGUUUGAAGUAGAGGAGUCUUCAGCUUUGAAGAGGAAAAAGAUUUUGGAUUAUUUUGAAAAGAGCGGGCCGAUUAAAUUUGAAAAAAAGCCAAAAAAGAAUGAGUCGGAUUUUAUAACGAUUGUACAGUAUAUUGAAAACACAAAAAAGCAGACAAAAACAAGCAAAUUUUUUAAUUCUCAAAGUAAUAAAGAAAAUAUAAUAAACGAAGACGAUGAAGAAAUAGUAGAAAAUUCUGCAAAUAAUUCAAAAUUUGAAAAAAUUGAUAUAUCUGACCUUUUUAAAGCAAAUGUUUUGCAAAACAAUGAAAUCCAUAGAAAAGAACCUGAAACAGACUCUGAUAAACAGCCAACCUCUAAUAGUAACCAAUCUUUUGACAGUAUUUCAAGCUUAAGCCGCCUAAGUUGCUAUGCUUAUAGAUCUAAGUUAUUAUAA